CUACAUUUAUCACAUAUUUCGAAUCUUGUUCAUCAUAUUUUUGUGGGUUUUGUGAGUUUGGAUUAAGAAGCUUCUUGUGCAGUGUAGGAAUUCCAUGUGACCUGGACUUCUGAUGGUGUCCAUCAAAAGUGAUUUUGUAUUUGCUUCUUCUAAGCCCUGGGAGGUCAUGGGCCCAGGAGUAAUUUUUAUAACAAUUCUUUAUUUGGAGUUUCCCAGAGCACACCCAUGAGUGUAGCACAGUCUUGAGGUUUUGUUAUUUCAGGGGAAACUUUCUAUUUCUCCCAGAGCUCAUACAAACAUAAGCUUACUUGUCAUCUCUCUGUGCCCGUGGGUGAACUUUUUCUCCACCAAACCACGCAUUUAUUAAAAGGAAAGUCUUCUGAUGGUCUGUAUUUUAUGUAGGUGUUUUAGUUUCAAGUUUAUGCCCUUUGCAGGCCCAAGGUUUUGUUUCCUAGUUCCACAUGGACUUUAAAUGCUAAUUUUACAAAAAUUAUUUAGUGGAAUGUUUCCCUCCCCACUCCUCCCCAGGGGAACAAUAAUGUCAAUUUACGUGUUUAACACUUUGUUUCUUUCUUUUUUUUAGGUGUAUUGGGGGAUUUUCCCUUAUUUCUUUCCUAUUUGGCUUUGCAUUUAAAAAAUUAUGUAACAUUUACCCAUCAAUGAAUGAAUGAAUGAAGGCCACCUCUGACUGGAGAUCAACAUUUGUGAACUGAGAAGGAGAUGUUAGUAAAUUAUGUUACAAGAGUGAGCAAAACCCUUGAAAGGAAAUUAAGACUGAAAGCUGGAAGUACAAUCUGGAUCUUGGUUGUUGGUUUUUCUCCUGCCACCAAAAACUUAUGUUCAACUACCAGGAAGAUACCCACAGGAAGCUGCUGUGAGUGACUAUUAAGGGUUUGUAUAGUCAAUGACUCAUGAUCCACAGUUCCCCUUGGUCAUUCACCUUCCUGCCUUGAAAGUCAUAACCCAUCCCCCUUCUGGAAAACCCACACACAUACAAUUAAAACAGAAAGUAGAAGGAUUCAGAUCGAAUUGUCUUUAAUCCCUGGAGGCCUCUCCACAUCUGCUGUCCCCUGGGAGCCCAUGUAUUUUCACACAUGAAGGGGGAACUUCUCCCUAAUGCAGAUGCUGCUCAGAUAUCUACUGAGAGCCUCACUAAGUCUUCUUGUGACUCUGUCUUCCCUCAGACUCCAACACUGGGUUCACUUCCACUUCCCACAGUUGAAAUAGCAAUGCCUUUUUUUAGAUGGAGUCUAUAAUAACUUCUACUGAUACUGAAGAAAAUGCGACUCCACAUGAAAAAGAAAAAUUUGAGCUUUGUAAAACUCUACUCUCUUAAAACAUUCACUGUCUGAAACUUAAAUUUACUCUUGCUUUUCUAUGAUUGUCUGGAGCAAAUAUGUGGAUACUUCUUUUAGGAUCUGGAUCUCUGGAGCAUCUCCAUCUUCAUUUCUGCCAGGGAGGUAAUGAGCAACAGCUUGCAGACAUUCUUAUUCAUUCUGAGUUCCCUGUCAUGCUAUUUGGCCUAUGCAGGGCUCCAGUAGACUUCCAGAAAUGAAUGAAUUGCACUGUAGGGAAUAUCCUGGGCAGAAGAGUCAUCUGUGUCUGCCUAAAGAACAUCUGGAGAGUGUCUACAUAGACAACAUCUAGAUGCCCACUAGUCAGUCCUGCUUCUGACGGCCUCCAACAAACAGUAUCACCUCCCAAAGUAUAUAUUUAUUACCCUGGACAUAAAAUUUCUAGGUCCAGCCCCACUCAACAAAGAUAUCUUGUUGUUCAAGAUAAUUACAGUAACUAUUAAAACUACUACUACAACUACCAACACGCAACAAGGAUGAUCAAGAUUACGACUACUUUUCUGCCGUGUAUUCAGAAAUUUACUAUAAGUGAUUUGUAUACAUUAUGACACUUAAUUCUGUCAUAGUGACCUUCGAACCACAAGUUCAACCAAAUAUAUCCAAAGGUCUCUGGAGCUAUCCAAACUCAUUUUUCCAUUCUAACUGUCCUAGUAAUCAACUUCAUCAAAUGAGACAUGUUAUUUAUUUUGUUCUGAAUUUUAUUUCAUAGAGACUCUCUUUGUCUCUGUCUCAAUCCUGGCAUACCCCAUCUUGGCACUGCACUUUGUGUCCCAUUCAAGACAUUGAACGGAGUUUACAGAUAAUCUGCACCUGGUCAGGAUGAGGAGGUAUUACAGGCCAUCUAGAAACCGUUCCAGCAGGCAAGGACUUGAUAAGAAGCUCAGUGACCAGCUCUGGUCCCAGGGAGAGAAAAACUCACUCACUCUCUUCCAAACACAAGUAAAACAUUUGUUUAUGUAGAAAGUUAAAGUAGCAAUGCUUGAUAUACUCUAAGGUGAUAGAGGCUACAAACCCCAUAAAACCUGGGCCUUAUUUUUAUGACGCUUUUAAAAAUACAUACAUAGCAUAUGUUUAUUGUAAGAAUACUAGAAAACACUAAUGAAUAAAAUGAAAAAAGUAAAAAUCACCUUUAAUUACAUUAUUCAGAUAUAAUUACAGCAACACUUUGGGGUUUAUUGUCCUAGACAUUUUUCACUGAGGGGUGGGAGAGCUGAGUGCAGCACAUAAAUUGCAUCUGGGGGCCACUUUUCCCUUAACAAUAUGUCAUGACCAUCUUUUAUUGCUAUUAAAUAUUCUCUACAGAGUUAUUUUAAUGGCUGCUUAGUGGUCCACUGUCUAGCAUAUAAUUUACUUUUUAAUCUGCCUUUGUUGGGUAUUUUUAGAAUUUUCUUUUUACACUUUUAUAAUGAUGUAUGACAUCACGUACAUACAACAGAAUUUCCCAAAGUAAAACUAGGUUUACAGUGAGUGAGUGAUAAUGUUAAGUAUUCACCUUAACAGAUGACCUUGAGUCUAUGAUUAUGACUUUACUCUUAGUCACUCACCAGGUUACAAAUACCCAUGAUUUGUGAUUUAAAGUUUCAUGCUGCAUAAGAUCCAAAAGGGCAACUUGCAUCUGCCUGGACGGCCCAAUCUUGAGCACAUUGUUAUAUACAAUAUUUAUGGUGACUACAGCUAAUCAAUAUGAGAAUGAUAAUAUGCUUUGGCAUGAUGCGUGCUUUGCAGGGUGUGGCUGUAUUAGGACCAGCCUGUGGUACAAAUAGCAAUAUGGACUAGAAAUAGGGAAGGGGACAGUGUUUGCUUUGAUAUAGAGCAGGUGUUUUGAAUCUUAGUAAAAUCCUAUUCUAGAAAGUUAGAAAUUACCUACGGAAAAUUUCACCUUAGAUACCUGAGCCAUUGCAACAAUGGCCCUGUUAUCUUAAGGAACAUUGAGAAGUAACAUAUUAUAGUAAGAUAUUAUAGUGUGCAAGAGCCAGACUGUGGAACUAGACUGCCUGGGUUUGACUCCCAGCUGUCACUACUAGAAAUUGUCUAUGUUGAUCUUGAUCAGUCUACUUGCCUUUUCUGGUGCCUCAAUUUCCUCAAUUGUGUAAAUGGGAUAUUGCUGACUUCAGAAGCUUGCUGAGGCUAUUAAAUAACUUUGUGAGCAUAAGGCACUUAGAAUUGUGUCCAACUCGUUAACAGCCAUCUAUAUGUUAGCUAUCAUCCAUGUCAAGAUGUGGAGUUUCUCUGGCAUUGAGAGGAUCAUCUUUAAUCCUCUUAGCACUUACAGGAAAGAAGAUAAGGUCAGAUAUUGCAGAGCUCUUCUAGUUCCUUUUCUGCUAAUUAUACAAAACUUAUUUUGCAAAAGCAGUUUCUAUUCUCCGCACACAGACCACAGCUGGUGGCUUAGGGAACAUCUCUUCUCAACUAACUGAACUAGGUCUUCAUAUCAUUGUGGUCAUUGCUGAUCAUCUUUGAUGAGCUCAAUAAUUUGAGUUAGCACUGAGGUGGCAGUAAGAUGAGAUCUCCAGCUCCAGAAAGGUCUAAUGAUUUAUCAGACCCCAGGGACCAGUACGAAUGCUCAGGUCUCUGCUUCCAGCUUAGAUUUCAAAGGCAGAUGCAAAGCUGUGGGCUCCAGGAAAAUCAAAUUGCAAUGUAUCCUAACCCUUGAUGUUCAAGUCAGCCCACCUCCCCAUUUGUUGGUCGCAAAUUUCUGUUUUGAUAUCUUAGAUCUCAGAGAGUAAUAUGUCCUCAUAAAAUUUUCAUAAUUUCAAUGCUUAAUACUCUUCUAUGAAAAAUAUUUAGAUAGUUAUCUACAAGAUUUGGAUUCAGAAGAUGAAUUGAAACCUUUGUUAAUGUUCCUCUGUUUAAUCAUGGACAAUGACGGGGAGGAGGGCUGAUGCUGGAAAACAAGAUUCCUUUCUCUACAUUCAGUUGUUACUAAAUAAAUAUUUGUUAAUUGAGUAAAAGGACUCUUCACAUAAAAUAUGACCAGAGAAAAGGGAUCAAUUCAGGAUUUGUUCAAGUCUUAUAACUCUCACUGGGUAUGUUUCCUGAUGAACUCUAUGGGACUGGAGAACAUGUUAUCACGUACCCUUGAAAAGCGUGGAUGUAAGGGCCAUCGGCGGGGUAAGGCAGAAGGAAAAUGAAAUGAAGGAGAAAAUUGGUAAACAUCCAGUAUCCAUGGGACUUGCUCCUGCCAAUCCCUUUGGUCAAGGGAUGAGUUUGCAACUCACCUUGUGAUUUUACAAGGAAUGAGGGUUAGUUGUGUGCUUGAGGGAGAUUGAAUUGUUGGUGAUAAUGCAGUAUGGAAAUAGAAAAGGAGGAAAAGAUGGAAAGUUUUUAAGUAAUUUAGCAGAGUAAUAUAAGUUUCUAAAUUGUGAGGGCAAAUGCUCUGUGAUAACAUCUGAUUUUUGAUUCCCUCACAGCUUUGGUCAGUGAACAGGCAGGUGAGGAACUCCUUGUCUUUAUUGUUCUUGGUCUCUGGUAUAUCAGUCACCAGGUUACCUCAAGGUCCUGUAGAGAUGGAUGUAGAAAGACUGGGAAGAAGUAUCAGUGUUACUGCUUCCCUGGGCCAACCUGCUCCAGGAUCCCACAGUCUCUGCCCUUGACACUGUGUGCUUGGCUGGGUGAUCAGGCCCUGCUCAGCCUUCCCAAAGCCCCAGGGUUGGUCUCCUUGUCAAAACCCCAGGAGUAGGGAGGGAAGUGACAUCUGAAAGAGGAUGUGCAGACUGGACAGAAGGGCUAUUUAGAGAGAAUUGUUUUCCUGGCCAUAGGACCAUAAGUCUUCAACAUCACUAAACAUCCUCACAGCUCUGAAAAAGUCAUCUCUGAGGAAUAUGGCUAAGAAUUUAUGCUUGGUCAGAGUGGCCAGUGUCCUCAUUGCUUCUCUAACUCUAGAUCAGGAGUUGGCUGGAUUUCUCUGUAAAAAGCCAGAGAGUAAAUAGUUUAGGCUUUUCAUGUCUCUGUUGUAACUACUUAACUCUGUCCUUGUAGCAAGAAAUCCUCUAUAGGCUGUGUGUAAAGGAAUGGACUUGACCUUGUUCCAAUAAUACUUUAUUUGCCACAACAAGCAACUUACCAGCUCACAAGUCAUAGUUUUCCAACCCUUACUCUAGACCAUUAUUUAAUUCUGAAUUUUUUCAUUAAUGUGCUGCUUUUCUAAAGUUGUAUAACUAAAACUAAUUUCAUCUUAUUCUUCUUAAUUUAAAGCUGUGCUCAAGAAAGGAAGUAAAUGAAAACAAUAUUUUAUUCUAGACACAAAAUCUCCACGAGCCAAGAUUAAACCUAAAGAAAUGGAGACUUGUUCCCUUGCCUAUCCAAUGCUAACCGCGAAGUGGAAAGAACUCUUUGGGCUCUAAGAAACUGUGCUGGAAUAAACAGAUUAUUCUCUCACUUCUAAUGAUGAGACAUUAAUGAAACAGGAAUGUCAAGGGAGACCUACAGGAGUUCUGGCCUGGAGCUUGUUCAGGAGCAAGACUUAUCUCUUGCGUUCAUUCUGUUCUAUGUAAUCCUUAAUGACCAACUCAAAGUCUCACUUAGUCAACUGCAGCCCUAAACCUGUGAGGCUGCCCAUCACGUGCUUUUUCAAUGGCAUCUCUAACCAUGACUCAGAGUAUUUCUCUCCUAUCCCUGACAGCAUUCUCACUGGGAAUUUUUCCAGUUUCUGGAUGAAGACUAUACUAGUGGUGUAAAACUUGUCUUGAUUAUAAGUCUCAAGCCAAGUCCCCAUAGGAUCUAGUCUCCAUCUACGAAGGAGGGCAAAAAUCUUGAAUUAAGCUAAUUGUUUCUGCAACCCCCCUUUCCUUCCCUCGUAAUUUCAUUUAAAAAAAUCCAAAACAUUGUCUACUAAUGUCCAACAUGUAAAUCUGGCUCUCCACCUGGAACAGGCAGUAGCAAACCAUACAUUUUUCCAAAAAUUACAAUUCUAAUUCCACAAGCUUCCUGUGGUAUUUUGGCUCUGGCCCUGCAGUGGUAUAUUAUAAGGCAUCACAUUUCUUAUAUGACUGACCUCUGCUUCCUUAUGUGACUGACCUCUGCUUCCUUACACUGAACAUCCAAAUUCUGGCAGUCAUCGUACAAUUGAACAGUGGUAGGGAGAAGAUUUUUAUUUGAAACAGAACUUAGUUCCUCAACCUAAGCUCAAAAUCCUCAACUAUAAUCUUAAAAUAUAAUGCAGAUGUCACAAACAUUGAAAAUAGUCUGGUACUACAAAUACAUGAAGUGACAGGGUAGAAAUUAGAGAAUCCUUGACCAAUCUAACAAGAGCAGCCUUGAAGGAAGACAUUAGUCUUUGGCAAUGAUUUUUUUCUCACUAAAAUCAGUCAUCUAAGAGCUUUGGGUUAAAAUACAUCUCUACCUCGUUACACAUUGAAUGGAUAGGAGAGAACUUUUGAAAACGUUCGAGUGGAAAGUUCUUAGAAUUAAAAAUAGUGGACCUUAUUCCAGUAACCAGCUUAUUCUGGAGUGUUUGUGAUUUGACCAUGCAAGGAAGACAUGAUGAGUGACAUGUCUGGUUCUGAAUGUCCUGUUUGUUGGGAUUGCUUCUCACCAGAUACUUUUCAGCAGGAACCAUAAAUCUCACUGCUCUGGGAACUGUUAUGAUCCUUCUCUGGAGCUAGUUUCAUGACCUAAUGACCUAUUCUAGAGCCAGCCCCUCCUGGCCCACUGAGGGUAGCCCAGGGCCCCUGACCAGUGAGACCCAGCUCUCUCCAUAGAGAUCAGAUGCCCAUCUCCAAUUUUUCUUUUUCAGAGAGAGCAGAGCCCUCGGCUCAGGCUGGAGCAGCUCCCCAGAGCUCCAGAUCCAUGCCGAGUGGAGUGAAGACUCAGGAUCUUACUGAUGCAAGGCAGAGAGGACUCACAGAGUCAGAAAACCAAGUUUCCAAUCCCAAAUUCAUGUGCAGAGAGUCUCAGUUGCUAAUCCAAGCUUAGAGACCCAGCCCCCUGGGGGACAGGUGAUUGAAGGAGAGAAUCUUGUCCUACUCUGCUCAGUGGCUGAGGGCAUAGGAAACAUCACAUUUUCCUGGCACAGAGAGGCCACAGGAAUAAGUCUGGGAAAGAAGACCCAGCAUUUCCUGUCAGCAGAGCUGCAGAUUCCAACUGCGAAGGAGUGCGAGGCUGGCCAAUUUUAUUGUAGAGCUGACAAUAACCAUGAUCCCAUUCAGAGCACGGUGGUGAAUAUUCCUGUGAGAAUUCCAGUGUCUUGUCCUGUCCUCACCCUCAGGGUUCCUGCAGCCAGGGCUAUCAUGGGGGACACAGUGGAGCUUUGCUGUGAGGCUUCUCCCCCAAUCCUGUAUCAGUUUUAUCAUGAUGAUGUCAACCUGGAGAACGUCUCGGCUCCCUCUGAAGGAGGAGUAUCCUUCAAUCUCUCUCUGACCACUGGACAUUCUAGAAACUACUCCUGUGAGGCUGACUAUGGCCUGGGGGCUCUGUGCAGUGGAAUAGUGCCACUCUCCAUCUCAAGGAAUGGUGGCUAUAGAAUAGAACUUGUCACGGCCAGAGUUCAGGGGCUGUUUAGUGUCCUUGGUUUUAUUGCUGGUCUCACAAGAUAUCAGGUUGGUAUCUACUAUUUAUUUUGUUUAUCACUUAUUGCUGUGACCUUUUCCAUUACUGAUACAGUGGCCCCGAUACCCAUCUAUGUGGCCUUGUCCUCUGAGCUGUUACUUGGAGGACUAGAAAAGAGCUCCUUGACCACUAUGAAGACUCCCUCUGGUGACGCAUCUGAUACAUCCAUGCUGAUAUGCUGUGUUUCUUAUUCUAGUGCCAUACGCUCCCUAGCCUGUGUCCUCUCUGUUGUCAUUCACUGUCCUGGAGACUAUCUUGUACUUAGUUCUCUUUAUCACAGAGAGGCUUCCAGUCCAAACCCUCAAGAGUCCACCUACCCCAGCCCACUCCCACUCCUCUCCACUCCAGCCAUCAAGGAGCUGCAACCAGUGUAUGUCAGUGGUGAGUCUUCCCAUUGGAAGGGGCUCUGUGGCUCAGGCCAGGAGGGAAGAGAGAACAGAGAAAAGACCAUGAGGUGUUUUAACCACCUCAACCCCAUGAAUCCCAGUCACUCCCAAUAAGUAAAUUACUCCCUCAGAGUCAUCUUAGGGUUGAGAGGAUAGUCAUGAAGCAGAGGACUGGGAAAUGUGUAUAUAUUUGAACCCUUAUCCACCGACAUCAGUGAACUCUGCAGUGCGCCCUGUAGAUGUGAAUGUGGUUUAUUCCCAGGGUUGGAGCAUCCAGCAGUGCAGGUGAGAAACGGCAAAAUGGUUCUUGUUAGAUGCAUCUUCCCAGGAAAGUGGCAUAGUGUGCAUAAUAGAGGCUUCAAAACAUCAAUUGCCUUUGAUGUGAAAUCUGUAGAUCCAAGAGGGAGUAAGAGAUAUUUGAGUUGGUUCUUGUAGAGAAGCUGAGUUUUAAAAAAAAAAGACAGGAGGUCCAUUGAGACUUCAUUCAGAUGAGAAUAGACAGGGAGAAUCUGGGAUACAAGGCAAAGGGAUGGAAUCAGACAAGAGUGAGAACAUCUAAAAUCAUGGUGUCUAAAGUCCAGGAGGAAUUGUCUCAGUUGAAGAGGGUCUUGAAGUGCCUCUUUUAAAGGACUUGAAGUCUUGGAAUGGGAUGGAAGAAUUCAUUAAACAAAUCACCUAACCUAGAGAGUUUUCACUUUGACAUGUAACUUUGCAAGAAUUGAGACAACAAUUAUUUAGCAGUGCAGAGCCUUCAAGCUGCUGCUUCACUUUCCUUGAAGCUGCAACCUUGAAACCUGCCCUUUGAUCUGUGCUCCUAGCUGCUCCUGAAAGAACAAGUGGCUGCUAGAAGCUCAGCCAAUUUCCUGGGAGAUGGUCAUCCAGCCACUCUCUACUAAGCCUCUGAAGCUGGGUCUUCUGCCAGCAUGGCUUACGGUUGUGCCACUACAGCUUCCUAUAGAGAAUCACUUAUCCUGUGAUUCUCCUUCUCUGUCUGUGAAUAGCCCAGCAAAAUGGAAAAGGCACAGUCAUCUCCACUGGAUGUUUAUCUUCGACCCCUCUAGAUGCUGAUCUAUGGUUAAGGGAAAAAAGGAGAUUCAGUCCCACUAUGCCCACCUGUAAAAAGGGAGAAAGAAACAGAUAUCACUAAGCAGUCCCUGCAGCCACACACUCAAGCUGCCGUGUGACUCAGGAUCUCUCCUUAUUUAUGUCUCCAAUUUCCUUCUAUAUGUUUGGUUAUCUACAGAACACAGAGGAAUGACAGGAAAAUGGGCUCCGACAGAAUGAUCAGUGAAACCAAAAGGGAAAAGAUCAUAAGAAUAAUAAACCAUGGAAGUUGCAUUAGAGCUGGGAAGAGUUUUGUCUGAUAUAUGUUGGUGGAGGGCCUAUAGGAUGGAUGGAGUCUUUGAAGCACUUCAGAGUGGGCAACAUUAAAGGAUGGAUUUUACGGAAGAGCAUGUGAAGAUGGAAAUCCACACAUUAAGCAUGGCAGUUCUGUGUCUUGGGGCAUAAAGUCUGGAAGUGAGGUAUAAGUAGGAACUCAAGAGCUCAGUAAUUUUUUUCUCCUUCACAGAAAACACCAGAAGGACAUUUCUGGAGAACAUAUUGAGCUAGGCUCCUUAUAAGUUCUUCAUCUUGUGUCCCUCCACCAUGU